AUGAGUGGUAGAUAUAUUUUCAAAUCAUUCAAACCUCUCUUUAGGUAUACUACUACUGCCACUACAUCACAUAGUAGUAGUGGAGUAUUGUCUUUAUAUAGUAUUAGUAGUAGUUAUAGAUUACAAAACACAAAUUUGAUACAAUCAAACAGAUACACUUUAAUCAAUAGUCAAAAUAAUCUGAUAUCUGAAAAAAGAUAUUGUUCAACAUCUUUAUUUAACAAUAAUAAUAAUAAUAGUAAUAACAAUAGUAGUAAUAAUAAUAAUAAUAGUUCUAUUAAUUAUAAAUCAAAUUUAAAUGAAAAUGAUAUUAAAAAGAUGAUCAAAGAAAAUAAUGAUCAUAUUGAUGAAUCGGCAAUACUUUUGUUGUAUCAAUCGGCGGUGAAUGAGAUCACUGCUAAUCAGACAAAGUUGAUGUCAUGGGAUUUGUUGCAUUGGGCUGCACUCUACCAACAACACAGUUGGUUCAUCAAGAAGCUUAUCGAUCAGAGAAAGCAGUUGAGAAACAACAACAACAACAAUGACAGCCAGACAACGACGAGUGUCAUCGUUUCCGACAAGUUUGGCGUUACUCCGCUACACAUUGCUGUUGGACAAGGUCAUUUAGAGACGGUGCGUUUGCUCUUGUCCGAAGGUGUCGAUGUGAAUGCACGUGAUAAAAAGCAGUUUGUCAGACUGUCUGCACUACAUCUGGCAAUCGAUCAUCGCUAUCCAAACAUAGAAAUCAUCGAGUCACUCUUAGAGGCUGGUGCCAAGGUCAACCAAGAGACAACCGAGAGAAGGACACCAAUCUUUAAAGCAAUAGAGAAAGGUCAUUCCUAUGAUAUCAUCAAAUUGCUUCUUAAACAUGGUGCAUCUGUAAACAUACAAGAUAAUCCAAGAACAAACGGAUGGGAAUAUUAUAGAGUAAUGACACCAUUACAUCUUGCAAUAAUUCAUAGAGAUUUAGAUAUUGUUAAAUUAUUAGUUGAACAUGGUGGAGAUGUCAAUUUGAAACUUAAAGAUGAAAUGGGAGAGUCAUUAUUACAUUUGUCGUGUAUGAGAUUGGAUGAAGAGAUGACUGAUUGGUUGAUCGAAAAUGGUGCCGAUAUUCAUGUAUUGGAUUGCCAUGAAGGAUCUACACUGGAUUAUGCUAUAUCGUCAUUACCUCCACAACUACAAAAGCAACCAGAACAAAACAAAUUUAUCAAUAAGCUAAUCAAUCAAUAUAAUGUUAAAAGAGGUAAGGGUAAAAAGAUGUAA